GAUUCAUUUUGUAUCUAUUUUUCUGCAGGUACUCGCAGAGAAGGCGAUGAAAACCUUAAUCUUCAUAUGUCUUUUCGGCGUAUGCAACAUAGCACUGUCAAACAAAGAGUCAGUGGAAGAAGAAGCGGGGAUGAACGUCUUCUACGUUUGCGAUCCUGAAGAAGGAUGCUAUGGGGUCGAGACAAAUGAAACCUACGAAAAAGUCGUAAAAGCAGGCUGGGAUAAAUCGGGUGCCCUUUUUUUCAAGACAGAUGAAGAGUGCGAAAAGGCGUGCAACAAUACGUGGGCAUGACAGUGCUCCAUUACAAGUAGCC